GAGGGAAGGGAGAGGAGCUGCUCGCGCACUAGAGAAGGGUUCCUGGAAGGGACUAAAAGAAAACCCCCCCGGGGCUCGGCUCCGCCCGCGCUGGGGGCGGAGUGUGGAGGGAGAAGUCAGGACGCAUGCGCGCCGCCCCACCGGCCCCUACUUUCCCUCGGGAUCCGCCAGUCCCGGGGGGCUCAGCCCGGCACCCCCGGACCGGUAGAACUAUGGACUUGGAGCUGGAGCUGGACAAGCUGGAGCUGCCCAAGGAGAAGACGCUCGCGGAGCAGGCGCCGCCGCCCGCCGCCCAAUUUCAGAAGAAAAUGGCAGCAGCCUUUCCUGAUGCAAUCCUGAGACGAGGAGUAGAUAAUCGAUAUCUGGUAUUGGGAAUCAAUAUUGUACCGAAUGAAGAAAACCCGGAGAAACAUCUGAUUAUAACAGCUUCUCAGUCAUUGGAAGAUCAAGAGCUCUGCAUCCUUAGGAAUGAUUGGAAUGACCUUUCAGUAGAGCCAGGAGACAUCAUUCAUUUGGAAGGAGAAUACAAAACAGAUGCUUGGAUAAUAGAUAAAGAUUUUGGGUAUUUGACUCUCCAUCCAGACAUGCUGAUAUCUGGCACUAGUGUAGCAAAUAGCAUUCGUUGUAUGAGAAGAGCAGUUCUGAGUGAAAAAUUUAGGAGCUGUGAUCCUAAUUCUCACCAAAUGUUGAUCGGCACAGUCCUGCACGAAAUAUUUCAAAAAGCGAUAAUUGACAGCUUUGCUGAAAAAAAACUCCAAGAACUUGCUCUACAAACUGUUCAAGAAAUAAAACAUCUGAAGGAAAUGUACCACUUAAAGCUGAAACAAGAUGAAUUUCAACAAGAAAUAGAAGACUAUCUUCCAUCAUUUUCCAAAUGGGCUGAAGAUUUCAUGCAUAAGCCCAUGGCAGUGGACUUUCCCAAGAUGCCUCUCACUUCAUUAAAAGAUAGAAACAAGAAUGACUCAUCUUGUAGGAUUCAAGUAACAGAAGCGCUAGAUAUUGAAGAGAACAUUUGGUCUCCAAGAUUUGGCCUGAAAGGCAAGAUUGAUGUCACAGUCAAUGUGAAAAUCCAUCGAGGUUCUGAAGCUACUUGUAGAAUAAUGCCUUUGGAGCUGAAAACUGGCAAGGAGUCUAACUCUAUUGAACACAGAAGCCAGGUUGUUCUCUAUACAUUACUAAGCCAGGAAAGAAGGGCUGAUCCAGAAGCUGGAUGGCUUCUCUACCUCCAGACUGGUAACAUGUACCCAGUGCCUGCCAAUCAUCUUGAUAGGAGAGAGUUAUUAAAGCUAAGAAAUCAGAUGGCAUUCUACUUGGCCAAUGGUGUCAGAAAAUCUACUGCGGGAAAAGAGCAAAGCCAGCUUGCACAGUUGCCACCGAUCGUUAAUGAUAGUUAUACGUGUAAAUACUGCUCACAAAUGUACAACUGUGCUCUUUAUAGCAGAGCAGUCGAACAACAAAUGGACAAGAGCUUCAUCCCACUUGCCAUGCUGCCUAAAAUUGAAAAGGCUACACAGCACCUGAAGCAUUCCCAUCUCCAGUAUUUCAGCCUUUGGUAUCUAAUGAUGACCCUGGAGUCCCAGUCCAAGGAUAACAAGAGAAGUCACAGAAACAUAUGGUUAAUGUCAGCUUCAGAAAGGGAGAAAAAUGGCGACUGUAUUGGAAAUCUGAUAAGAACAGAAGAUGUACAGACUAUUUGUAGUGGACAGUAUUUACACAGCUUCCAGCGUAAAAAUGGAAUAAUACCUAAUACAAAUCUAAUGGCAGGAGACAGAGUCGUUUUAAGUGGAGAAGAAAGAAAGCUGCUUGCUUUAACUUGUGGCUAUGUGAAAGAGAUCAACAUGACGUCAGUCACCUGUGUACUGGACAGGAAUUUGUCAAAAUUACCCAAGUCAACUUUGUUUAGAUUAGAUUAUGAAGAAAGAAUUGGUGGUAUUGAAACUCCCUUAGGAAAUCUUUCUAAACUGAUGGAAAACACCCCUGCCAGUGAAAAGCUUCGAGAUUUAAUCAUCGACUUCCGUGAACCACAGUUUAUUGAGUACCUGAGUUCUGUGCUUCCACAUGAAGCAAAGGAUAGAGUUGCCAACAUUUUAAAAGGUUUGAAUAAACCCCAGAGGCAAGCAAUGAAAAAAGUACUUCUUUCAAAAGACUACACGCUUAUUGUCGGUAUGCCUGGGACUGGGAAAACUACGACCAUAUGUGCUCUUGUAAGAAUCCUCUAUGCUUGUGGCUUCAGUGUUUUGUUGACCAGUUAUACUCACUCUGCUGUUGAUAACAUUCUUCUGAAGUUAAAGAAAUUUAAAGUAGGAUUUUUGCGUUUGGGCCAAAUUCAAAAAGUUCAUCCUGGCAUUCAGAAAUUUACAGAAGAAGAAAUCUGCCGAGAAAAUUCUAUUAAAUCCUUAACGAGUCUAGAGGAGCUCUAUAACAGUCAACCUAUAGUUGCAACAACAUGUAUGGGAAUAAACCACCCAAUAUUUUCCCGGAGACGAUUUGAUUUCUGUAUUGUGGAUGAAGCUUCCCAGAUAAGUCAACCAGCUUGUUUGGGCCCCCUCUUCUUUUCAUCUAGGUUUGUUCUUGUGGGAGACCAUCUGCAACUUCCUCCCCUUGUGCUGAAUAGUGAAGCAAGAGGCCUUGGUAUGAGUGAAAGUUUAUUCAAGAGACUGGAGCAGAAACAGAAUGCGGUUGUUCAGUUGACUGUGCAAUAUAGAAUGAACAGUACAGUUAUGUCUUUAAGUAAUAAGCUAGUGUAUGAAGGAAAACUUGAGUGUGGAUCAGACAAAGUAGCCAAUGCCACAGUCAACUUACCCCAUCUGAAAGAUGUGAUGUUGGACCUCCAAGCUCAUGGUAUUGAUUCUGAAAAUUCUUGGCUGAGGGGGGCAUUUGAACCAAAGAAUCCUGUCUGUUUUCUUAACACAGAAAAGAUUCCAGCACCAGAGCAAGCUGAAAAAUGCGGUGUGAGUAACAUAACAGAAGCCAAGUUAAUAGUUUUCCUGGCCUCAGUUUUUAUAAAGGCAGGUUGUAAUCCUUCAGAUAUUGGUGUCAUUGCUCCAUAUAGACAGCAACUAAAGAUCAUCACGGACUUGCUGACUCAUUUCUCUGUCAGUACUGUAGAAGUUAAUACUGUGGACAAAUAUCAAGGAAGAGAUAAAAGUAUCAUUCUAGUAUCUUUUGUUAGAAGCAAUAAAGAUGGAACCCUUGGCGAGCUUUUAAAGGAUUGGAGGCGCCUUAAUGUUGCCAUCACAAGAGCCAAACACAAGCUGGUGUUGCUGGGCUGUGUGCCGUCCUUGAGCCGUUAUCCUCCUGUGGAGAAGCUGCUCUGUUAUCUAAAGUCAGAAAACAAGAUCUUCGAUCUUCCUUUGGGAAUACAUGAAAAUAUUUGUCAGUAUAAUGCAUGAUGACCUCGAAGGUGAAAACACUGUUUCAGCGGCUUUUCAAGACUUGAGUACCUUACUUUUACAAUUUACAUUUCAACAUUUAUACAGCCAAUGCCUAUGGUUAGUAAUUUUAUGUGUAUUUUCUAAAGCGAUUUGAAAUGUUGUUCUUUCUACAUUUUCCUAAGCAUACAAACUAAUUAAUACACUACAUGAGAUUUGAUCCAAAGGGUACUGUAUGCUUCUCUAGGACCUUCUCCAAACUUGUAAAAUAUUUGCCUUAGUUUAAGAAUUCUUGGAGAGUCCUAUAACUGUGAAGUAUUAUAUAAUUUGUAAAAGUUUAAGUAAAUUUUUAAAAAUAUGGUUUUAGAAAAUGAAAUUAUUUCCUCUUUCCCCUCCACUCAUUAGCUUUGAAAAUAGAUGCAUUUCUGGGAAGGUAAGAUUUUAGCAUCUAUAUUAGCUUUAUAAAUUUAAGACUUGGCUAUUAUAAUAAAAAAAUUUUUUUAAAGGCUGUCCAGAGAAUUAGGUUUAUUCUUAUCGUAGUUGAUAUUCCUGUGGCAGAAAGACCAUGUUUUUGGUUCUUUUUGUCUCUAAUCCUAUUCUUUCCAUAAAGAAUUGCAGUUGACCACAGUGCUAAUUUUGUUAGGGCUUUUUUGGUGGAAAUAGAGAGGGUUUUGGUUUGUGUGCCAAUCCCAGAUUUUUUUUUUUUUUUUUGGCAAAUUUUGCAGGUUUUAAGUUUGAACAAGUUAGAUAUGUUACUGAAUUUAAAGUUGCUUCCAGCGAACUCCCUUGUGCAUUCUCCUUCGUUUUUGGUUACCUUAAGAUGUGUUUUAAUAGGGAAGAGAAUGUUAAGUUCCUCUUUUUUUCCAAAGUUAAUCUUAUUGUUGGACCGAGUUAAAAAAAAAUGUCUAAAAGUUUUAUUCUGUUCAUAUUUACAUUUCUAGCUUUAUUUAAGUACAUUAGCAGCAUUGUUUUUUAUGUAAAAAAUAUGACAAUCAGAGGUUUUGUUUAUUUUUGUUAUUUAUUUGAUCCAUAUGGUUUAAUUUAAAUUUGAAGACUUUCCACUGUUCAUUGACUUGAAAGGUUCAUUUGUGUGUAGAAAUGGUGCCUCUACCUCAUAUUUUUGUCAGAAUGUGUCAAAUAAAUUCGUUUUCCACCUCUCUA